AUGUUAUUCCCACAUCAGCGUUCUGUACAUUAUGUUUUUGGCUUCCCAACGGCGCCAAGCAGUUUGUUCUAUUUUAGCGAUAUUUCAGGUUUGCGAUCAGGUAAAGACAUCACCGUAUACACGUUCGGCGAACCUCGAGUCGGAGACUAUACAUUUGCCAAGAAAUUCAACUCUAUGAUUUCUGAGAGGUAUCCACAUUCUAUGGAACACGGUUCAGAAUAUAAGGAGUGUCUCAGCGAGCCUUAUGGAGAAGACCCUCACUGUUCAGACAGUCUGUCGUUCCCAGAGAUUAUCAAUAUUGAGGAUCACACACACUAUUUCGGUAUAGAGGGAGUGGAAGCAGCUUGA